GGUACAAUUGUAGUGAGGGCUGAGGCACAGCUAAGUACCAGCUAUCUACAGUUAUCUAGAAAGCCUGGUGUGUUUAAUAUACGCACUCAAAUUACCAGAAAAAAACAGAAACUAACCGAAAGUCUCUUUUUUUUUUUAUUUUUGGAAACUAACCAAAGUCUUGACAGCUGUAAUCCCAAAAAAUUAUUGUUUCUCUGGAAAGCACACCUUGAAAGAAAGCUCGUGCCUCUCUCCCUUCUAUGUUUCUUUCCUAUUAAGAAAAAAAAAAUCUAAAUAAAAAGCAAAAGUAAAAAGGGGAAUAACUUUUCUUUUUAUUCACCGAUAUGGACCACCGGAAGUGCCACUCCCUAUCGCAGCCAAUCGGGAACGUCAAUAUCUCUCUUUUCUCUCUUGAUCAAAUCAAGACCGUCUAUCUUGCCGGGAGAUGAUGAAGAAAGAAGACGGAGAGAUGUCGCCUGUUCUGGAGAUCAACCUGAUCUCCGCUCAGGGCCUCAAGCCUUCCUCCGGCAGCUCGCGGCCCGUGCAUACGUACGCGCUCAUCUGGAUCGACUCCACCACGAAGCUCCGCACCGGUGUUGACAAAGUUGGCGGCGAGAACCCUACCUGGAACGACCGGUUCCUCUUCCGAGUCACCCCGGAGUUCCUCUCCGGCGACACCUCCGGCAUCUACGUCGAGAUCUACACCGUCGGCCGGAUCCGCGAUUCUCUGAUCGGGACCGUCCGACUCCUCAUCGGCAACUUCCUCGACGUCCGCGCCAAGACCCCGUCUUUCACCGCCCUCCAGAUCCGGCGACCUUCUGGAAGAUUCCACGGCGUCCUCAACGUCGGCGCAACCGUCAUCUCCGGCGCCGAUUUCGCAAUCGCCUUGAGCAACAGAAGCGCGAUUGCCUACCGCGAUCUCAUGGGAGAAAGCUUCAAACGCCGCGUUCGCCGAAAAGAUCGGCGGAGUGAAUCGGAGAAUUUCACAGAGGGAUCUCGCGAGAACUCACUCGCCGAGUCGGUGGAUUUCUCCGACGGAGACGAAUCGUGGACGUCGUCCUCAUCAACGGCGUCGACGGCGCUCAGGGACUUCAAUGGGAUCAGAGAAUUGGUGGGACCCAAGGCUUUGAAGGCUUCUCAGUGUUCGGGAUUCUUGUGCGGUUUGUUAUUCCAAAGAGCGAUUCAACCUUGUCCGUCCGAUGAGAAGCUUGAGGAUUUCGGUGGGUCCCAAGAGAUGGAAAGGUGAUGGGAAAUCAAUCGAACGGUGCAGAUCAUCAUAUUGAAGAAUAGUGGAUGUCCAUUUUCAGCCGUUCGAUACUAGUAUCUUGAGAUCAGUGAACGGUGGAGAUCAUCUUAGCUUUAUGUGUCCUAAUUCUUUGUAGUUUCACUAGCAAAUUUUCUUUGUAGCUUGGUACACACUACUGAGAUAGUGUAAAAUUCAAUUCAUUGAUAUUCUUUGGGUCUUUUUUUUUUUUUUUUUAAUAUUCAUGUUCUUCGUUUUAGUUGCAACUUAAUUUGAUCUUAACG